CCGUUAUGAUAUUUUAGGGAUAAAUUCGUUAUUUCAAGUAAAAUUUAUAAAAAGACUAAAAAAUGCUUAUUUCGAAAUUCUCCGAAUUCAUAAAUUAGGUCGAUAAAAAACAUUUUAAAUUAGGCAACAUAUGGCAACGAAAAAUAACUGGAUCAAUAACGUCCAGGUAGUAAUUAGUAUUCAAAACCCCAAUCAAUAAGGCUAAUGGGAUCGAUAGUACCAUUCUAAUCCCCGGAAUAUAGAUUUAUAGAUCAGAUCCUUAUACUAUUCUUUAAAAUUCUGAUUAUGUUAAAAUCCUGGGAGAGACAUAAUUAUCGUUCGUUUUCUGUAUAUAAGGAUCGCUUUCUCUGUAGUAUUAUCCAGUCUUGUAAGAUGUAGACUUGUAGUAACCAGUCUUGUAGUACAACCUUGAUGUUGUGUAUACUGUACAAUAAACAAAAGAAGAAUUGUCGUAAUUGUUGUUUGUCUACUAUCAUCUAUUGUCUACCGGGGGCGAGCGCCUACAAAACCAAACAUAGAGGUGAAGAACAAUUCGUGCAAGUUAAAAGCUAAGAGCCUGUGCUCCGAUUAAAAGGCUACGAAAGAUCUCGCACGCCGGCUAAAGUUAUAUUUAGGACCACAAUCCUAAAUUAAUUGGUGAUCCCGAUUAUUGGAUGCAACCUUCUCGAGGCAGUCAGAUCAGCAAGCAACAGCGCGUAUCAAAGAAGUCAACAACAACACAUACGAUGGUACUGAAAUGACGAUAAUUAGAGCAUGGUAGAACAAAGGUACGGACAGGAAAUGAAUCAGACGACGGAUAAACCCAACUCCACGCAAUGAAAGAUAUGAACUUCUGUUCAAAAUCAAAAAUACAAGGUGAAAAUUGUAUCAAACUAAAUUAAACUGAUGAUGUAAAACUACGAGAGAGCUUUAUAAAAGGCAAGGCUGAAUGGCGUGUUUUUACUUAUUGUUAUAAACAACAAAGCAAGAAUAAAUGAUCGAAAACUGAUCAACGUAAAAUUAUUAUUCAUUAGUUAGUUUGAUUUAGUUGCAUACGAUUUUUUCUUACUGGGACAUUCGUUGUACUUCUUCUGUUUCUAAUGUAUAGUCUUUCUUCAAUUUUUUUGGCGAUAUUAAUUCGGAUCUUAAUUUCUAUGAAUUGCUUGAAAACAGACUUAGAGUGUUUACUCAAAUUGCAAAUAAUCUUAUGGCCAAUUGAUUAUGCAAUGAAGGUGAAUAUUCGAUUUCAAAUUUCUUGUCAUUUAUAUUGAUUAAAAUUUGACGGAUUCAAACUAUUUCGAUUAGAUAGAUUUCAUUAACACUGAACUAUUUUUAAAAGAUGACUCAAAUGAGUCACUCUUUUAAGCGUUUAUAACAUCGUCAUAAGAACGGUGCAUAAAUGAGCUCAUCAAUAUAUUCGUUAAACACGAGUAUAUGACAAUUUUUUAACAAAAAAGCGCUAUUUUUUCUUUUUUUCAAAGCCCGAAGCUGGCAUUAUCAACAUAUCGCAACAAGCGAACUUACAAAGCGCUAUUUAUUCAAACACAUGAGCUAUCAGUAAUUCAGUGUGACGAAGUAUAUUGGAUUGAAAGAUCAGUUUUAUCUGUCGAAAUCAAAUUUAAAAAACAAUAAAUCGCCUUUUCUUUUCUAAUCUAUACUCUUACUGUCAUCCUACUUCCCUCUCAUUAUUAAAUCUUCUCGUCCCAUAUUUUUGAAUUUCAUUGUGUAUAAUUUUCGAUUGUGUUUUUUUGUCAUUUUCAAUGUGUUUUUGAAAUUUACGUAUGUUAGGUGACAAAUAUGCCCAAAACCCCGAUUUCCAAUCUAAAGGGCGUAGAUAUAUUUAGGGAUAAAUUCGUUAUUUCAAGUAAAAUUUAUGAAAAGACUAAAAAUUGCUUAUUUUGAAAUUCUCCGAAUUCAUAAAUUAGGUCGAUAAAAAACAUUUUAAAUUAGGCAACAUAUGGCAACGAAAAAUAACUGGAUCAAUAACGUCCAGGUAGUAAUUAGUAUUCAAAACCCCAAUCAAUAAGGCUAAUGGGAUCGAUAGUGCCAUUCUAAUCCCCGGAAUAUAGAUUUAUAGAUCAAAUCCUUAUACUAUUCUUUAAAAUUCUGAUUAUGUUAAAAUCCUGGGAGAGACAUAAUUAUCGUUCGUUUUCUGUAUAUAAGGAUCGCUUUCUCUGUAGUAUUAUGCAGUCUUGUAAGAUGUAGUCUUGUAGUAACCAGUCUUGUAGUACAACCUUGAUGUUGUGUAUACUGUACAAUAAACAAAAGAAGAAUUGUCGUAAUUGUCGUUUGUCUACUAUCAUCUAUUGUCUACCGGGGGCGAGCGCCUACAAAACCGAACAUAGAGGUGAAGAACAAUUCGUGCAAGUUAAAAGCUAAGAGCCUGUGCUCCGAUUAAAAGGCUUUCUGUAGAAUACGCCUGUGCCGCUGUUGGCCUUCAGAGAGAAAAAAGGAAACAAAGAACAACGUUUCAGAAAUUGACAUUUCUAAUACGCGACUGGGUUAACGAUGAUGAAUACCAAUAUGGGAAUGGAGGUGACGAGUACCUGGAUACAACACUAAAAGUCAAAUCAAAAUCAAAUACCGUGAAUGAUGUGAAAGAGUCAGUGCAUCGCGCUUUUAACGAAGUCAAAGGCUUUCUCAUGCCGCUUCCAGGAAAAAAUGUUUUGAAAGGAGAAAAGUCCACUCUUACUAAUGCAGAUAUCGAACCCAUUUUCCGUGAGUACACAAUGCAACUCACUGAAGCCGUAUUGCAUCCAAGGAAUCUGAUUUUGAAACAAAUGUUUGGAAAGCCUAUUUCUGCUAGUGCUUUGAUGAAUCUUCUUGGAGCAGUUAGUAAUUCAUUUAGAGAUGGAAAGCUUCCAGAAAUAGGGACAAUGCUCGAAGUAUGCAUUACAAACACAGUUCGAGCAAAUAAUGAUGAAGCUGUUCAAAGAGCUGUACGCAGAUACAAAGAAGUGAUGACAGAGCUUGUUCACGUAGAAAUUGCCGACACCGAUGUUCUCCGUGAAUUUCACGAUAAUGCAGUUGACGAAGCCACGAUAACAUUUUAUGAAAUAUCAACAUUGGGAGAAGAGAGUGACAGAGAUAAAGCACAUCAACAUGCAAUAAAAGAAUGUGAAGAUUAUUAUAGAAUUGUGGAGCAGGAGAAUGAAACGAGAAAGUCCAAAGUAAUAGAAGAAAUCAACAACUUAUCAUCCGCCAUGGAAACUCAGUACAUUGAAACAAUGGGAGAACAUGAUCUCACAAAACUGUUGAAAAAAGAUCUUGAAAGAAUAAACAAGACAUUGAGUGAUUCAAUAUUGCUGGAAUUCGAUAGGCAAACUAAAGACUGGCUACGAGUGAUGCCGAGUGUGAUCAAAAACAAACGGAAAGCCUUAGAACAACGUUUAUCUACUAAUUACAAAAUGUUUGAAAAGAGAAGGUUAUACGCUGAAGAAAAGAAAGAAUUGGAAAAGCAAAUUGAUAAACUUAGUAUCAACGAAAAAGCAAGUGACGUUUUGUCCAAGUUUCAAGAAACGUUUUCUAAGUAUGCAAACGAAUACUGCAUGGACAUUGAAAAUCUUCAAAAGACCGAGUACAAAGAAGGUUUGAGACAGUAUGAUUCACUAACCAGGAAUUAUGAUGACGUUGCUACAGUUAAAAAUACUCGUGAAAAAUUGUCUAGAAACAUGGAACAGUACUUUACAAAUCAUGUGAAGCGUGUUAAUGAAAACAACAAGAGAGACUUAGGAUUGAAAUAUGGACAACACGUUGAAAAUGCAGUGAAUGAAUAUGAUCGACUGAUGAAACAGAUUACUUCAGAUGGUAAAUGGGAAAUGAAUAAUGACUUCAUACGCAAACAUAAAGGAUACAAGGAAGAAGCUGCGAAAGGCUUCAAUAGAUUAAUUGCAAAUAUAAGUCCAAGUCUUCCACACGAGGAUGUGCAAGAGUACAGACAAAAAUUGGAUAAUAAAAUGGAAGAGCGAUUCAAUAGCAUUCACAAGCAGAGCAAUGACAAUAACAGACAUUUGCAAGAAGUGAAGGAGACAAUGAAAUCUGGUCAAUUUGUUCAGGAAGCAUUAAAUAUUUACGAAACGGAAAUGAAUGAGCUUUUGACCAAUGAUGCAUUCUGCGAUAAUCUACAAGCAGAAAAUUCAAAAUUUCAAAAGAAGGCUGAAGACAAAUUCAAGGAGCUUUGUUCAAGCAUAAGUUGUGACACUGAGAAAGAUCUUAAAAAUCUGAAAUCAUUGAUGGAUAAUAGAUUUAAAGUAUUCAAAAGAAACAAUGAAAACAAGAAGAAUGCGGCUUGCGAAAAAAAGAAACGCCAAGAAAUAACGGAAGCAGUAAAUAAGUACUGCGAGGACAUGAACACGCAUAUAUCCCAAAACUGCUUUCCUCCGGACGACAAAUAUCUAACAAAAAAGCACGAAGAGCUCAAAGAAAAGGCUUUAACUAGCUUUGAAAGUGCUUUAGGCAGCAACAAUAUCAACGAUGGAAAUAAAAAGGAAUUGGGACAACAAAUUGAGGAUAAGUUUUCAAUAUUCAAGAUUAACAACAAGACUGAACAAGCUAAAGUAAAGCUCCAGCAACAAGAACACGACACAAACAAAUCUAAAGUUGAAACGACUAGACAAAAAGCAUACAAUCGAUUUGUGAGCGCGAUGCGUAAUCAUACUCAAAAAUACAAUUCUGAAAUGAAAGAGUUGUGUGGGGAGGAAAAAACAACAGCAAUGGAAUUGUUUGACCAAGAGACAAAAUCGUUGAAGACAAAGAUGUUAGACAUUGUACAGAAAGAACGAAAUACAUUAAACGACGAGCUUGAUGGUCAUAUCAAAAGUGUAAAUAAGCAAAAUGAAGACAAUAUGAAAAAAAUGGAACUCGAGCAGAAAAACUUUAUUAAUGGUCUGGCACAAGAGUAUCAAUUAAAAUUGAACGAGGUUUUGAGUAAUGUGACAACAACUGAUACAGCUCUGGACAGUUUCAAGGAACAAUUUAUCAAAGAUAAAAAGAGUGAACUUGAAGGCUAUCCAGCAUCGGUGUCAACAAAAGCAAAAGAAGAAAUACAGAAAAAAACAACAGAAGCUAAGCGACAAAAUGAAGAGAAUAAAAAACACAGGUCUGUCGAAGUUGAAGAAAGUUUGGGAUGGAAAAUAUUUAAAGGGAUUGGCAACGCCGUGACUUACCCGUUUCGAAAAAUUGUUAAAGUAAUACAGAUUGGUUGGAACUUUUUAACAAAGUAAAUUUGAUUAUCGAUCGAAGCCUAAGUAUGACAAGACUUUGUUUUCUUCUUAUAUGAUAGAGUAGGUCAUGAAAAUAUGGCAGUCAUAUAAGAUAUGUUGUAGAAAGUUGCUUGAUCCGUAUUAAUAUUUGUGUAUAUACGUAUAAUCCUGUAUUCUUGAAUAAAAAAGAUAGGUAUUA